GGAAACAUGGCGUCGCACUGACAGCUGGGAGACUCUCAUUAUCUUGUCCAGCCACUGACACGGCGCCCGGGCCGUGAGCGAAGCUGUCUGCGUUCACAUGUAUGCUGUGAUAAAGAGCUUACUGCGGAUGCGGUCUUCGUCCUGAAAAGACACUCGUAUUAACGGUGCGGCGCAGUAACGGAUUUAGUCCUGGUGUCACGCCCACUCUGCUUGGUAACGUUAUAACGAUACCUUACGGUAAGUUAGCAUCGCUUCCAGCUAACCGAACCAGACAGCUAACAGCUACCGUUAGCUCGACACGAACACUCCGGUUACGCGAGGAGGAACCUGCCACAACUGUCUGUUCUCUGCCCGGCUGCGGUCCGUCAGCACGUUUCAGCCGGCCCCGUUAAACACUAUUGUCAGAUAAGAGGGCGACUGUUUUUGUUGUUGCUCGCUAGCAGGCGAACUAGGGCGUUUCUGUCAUUCUGUCACUGAAUUUUUAAUGUUCGACCCCUUUGGCAUCGCUGUCGGAGGAGAGAGCGAUGGGCUCCGGGGCUGUGGAUUCGUCCCAGUGGCUUUCGGUGAAGGAGGAGACCAUUUUCCUCCACGACGGACUCAUUCGGGUCACAGAUCUGGCCGAAUUGCCCAGUGAAAUUGGAGUGUCGGAGCAGGGAGACACAGAGCAAGAGAUUCUAACAUUUGAGACAAAGAACCCAGUAGAGCUCGCUGAGCGUCUGCGUGCUGUCUGUGGGAAUCAGAGCAAUGCAUAUGCGCGCCUGCUGGAGUACCGUCUCAAUGCUCUGCGUGGCCUGUGGGGGGCGCAGCGGCAGCUGGCCCUGGAGGAGCAGCAGGAGCGCGAGGGGACCGGAGGGGCCGAUGAGGAAACCUUGGCAUUGCUCAAAAGGCAAGGUCUGCUACAGCAACCUGAGCAGGCGCCCUUCACCUCCCGUGUCGGUCUGCUGCUGGUCUUUCCCCUUUUGCAGUCCCAGACUCGCAGUGACCCUGCGCUCUGCGGUGUCACAGCAGAGGUACUGCUGUCUUGCCUCCGGGAUUGCCAGCCUCUCAGCCUCAGCAAAGAGCCUGCUGACUGCCUCAAUGGCCUUGAGGGGCUGCUUUGCUCUUGGCUGGAAGAUGGUGCCAAGGAGUCAGGCCAACCACAGGGACAAGCUCAUACGCAGAUCCUGCACACACACAGACAGAGGGAAAACGCUGCUGCUGCACUUGUAGCACUUGCCUGUGCCAGGGGAUCUCUGAAGACCUUCAUCCACACAGUUCACCUGCUGCAGAAACAAAGUGAUCUGGGCCAGCUCCCUGUGUCAGAUGUCCUGUAUAGACUUUUGCUCCUGGAAGGAGGCCCAGGCUCUCCAUCAUGCCUUCUGGGGGGCAAACACAGUGUUUCCUGGGGUUUUGAGGACAUGCUGCCUACACCUGAUAAUUCUGCUGGAGGAGCAGAGAGUAAAGCAGACACCGACCUGGGACGCUGUCUAGCCACAGACGGGCUCUAUCUGUAUACUACUAACUCCUCUGGGAGAGGAAUAAGCAAGCUGGGCUCUGGUUUACAUGGGACACUGAGGGGUUUUGUGUACUGUCGAAAUGAAGAGUUGGAGCCUGGCUGGGUGGUGUUCUGCAGUGGUCGCCUCCUCCACCGUCCCUCCUCUUUUGAUGCCAAGCCUCAUCAGCUGUGCCAGGUCAUUGACCCCUUCACCCUCCAGGUGUGCCAGAUUGUGCCCAUGCCAGCCCACCACUUCCCUGUGGGCAGCAGCAUGACCACGCUGCACCUCUGCUCAGAUGGGACCUACCUGUACUGGGUCUGGUCCCCGGCCAGUCUCAAUGAGAAGACACAGAAAGGCCAUUCUGUCUUUAUGGAUGUCUUUCACCUGUCUACACAGACAGGGUUGUGUGUUGCAGACAUCUUGCAGGAGAGGGUUAUUCUAACUCGCAAGGAAGGCGAGUCAUCAAAGUGCUUGAAUGAGCUUCUCUUGAGUCGAAUGUCACGCUUCCGAGCCUCCCAUUCUGCCACAUUGGCUGCUCUCACAGGCUCUGCAAUCACCAACACUGUCAAAGAGGAACAGUCUGCUGUGAACACUAGCUGUGGACUCCCUCUAAAGACCCUGAGAAAGACCCCGAUGUAUGUGUGUGGAACCUAUCUAGUGAUGCUGGUCUCACCUCCUGGUGUGUCUGGAAGCUCUGCCACACGCUCCCUAUUUGGAGGUACCAGCAGCCUGUCCUCUCUCAAAAUCUUAGCUUCCAGCUUGGUUUUUAACCUGGCUGACGGUCAGUUCAGCAGCCGUGCAGACCUCAUUGAUGCGCCUGGAAGUUCUUUAGGCAGGGGAGCCCAGGUGGCGGGGCUAGGAGCAUGUUAUGACGCAUUGAACAACUUGAUCUGGACCUGCUCCAGUGAUUACAUAGAUCAAUGGUGCAAUCCUGGGAACCAAGCCUUUCAUCAUGUGUGCCAUAGACUCGGUGUCAGCCAUGUCAUCAAAGAACCCAAAGAGGAAACUGUGGGCACUGGCGAGGUGAUCAACCAGCUGCUUCAUCAUGUAGGUGCUAUGUGUAUCCAUCAGCUCAACCUACUGGCGGCUGGCAGCAACAGCCUGCCGCUGGGGGCCCUACUGGGUAAACAACAUCCCAUCGAGGCACGUCACUUCAGCAGCAUCUGUGACAUCAUGGAGAAGGCCAUGGUCAAUGGAGAUACAUGCAUCAUCCGCUGCAUCUUGGUGGUGUUCCAGGUGGUGUUUAGGUUUUUCAAUCCUCAGUCAGAGCAGAAUAGGGAAAGUGUGCGUCGUUCAGGCCUACUCCUGUGGCAGCUACUCAUGGCUCCGAAGGAUCAGAUAGGAGCAGAGAUUCAGAGAGAAGUGUGCCUGGCCAUCAGUUCAGGCCUGAAUACUUUGUAUCAGGGGGAGGCUGAACUCAACAAACUGCUGAAACUGGUUUUAACUGAGGGUGACUAUGACAGUGAAAGGAACAGUGGCCUGUCUCAACUUCGGGAUGUCAUCCUUACCAACUUGGCAGACCAAUUGCAGAAGAAUAGAUUUGGGAGUGAAGAAGAGGACUACUACAGAUUGAAUGAUGAGCUGCUGCACUGUAUCCUGAAGACUGUAGUACGGGAAUCCUGCCUCGUCAUUACCAAAUGUCAGACUGUCGCUCGAGACGACUUCCAGAAGCUGCUCUCCACUGUGCCAGUGGUCUCCCCUAGUCUCCGCUACCUCAUGGCUGUUCAGAACCACCUCCUCAGUAACACCAUUCUCAUCCGUCCGGAUGAUAGCGACGACAGUGACAGCUCCCUACAAGGGGAUACAAUGAAGGUACAGGAGCUGCAAAGCAGUAUCCUAUCCCUUGCAACCAAGAUCUUGGUGGGAUGUGAUGAAGUGCUGGAGACCCUGCAGCAGGUGACCACAGCUCUGAUUAACAGUGACAUCGCUGACAGAGAAACCAGGUUGAAAGGCCUGGAACAGGUAACUAAGGCCACCAUGCUUGGGCACCUGCUGCCAGUGCUGCUCACCUCUUUGAUGCACCCCAACCUGCAGACCCUCACUCUAGCUGACGCCCUCAUGCCUCAAUUGGUGCAGCUGGUCCUCUACACCAGCCAGGUUGGAGUCUUGCCAGUCCAAAAGACUGCCCUAGUACUAAAGACUCAGUCUCCACUUUUCACUGAAGAGCCUCCACCUAUGGGUGGUUCUCUUGGGCUGGGGGCGAAGGCAUGUGCUGCUGAUGACAAAAUUCUGGACGAACGAGAGGAGCCUGGUUUCCUGACUGGGCUGAAGAUCCCUGCCCCAUGGGCUGCUGGGAAGACAGUAGAGACGGUGCACCCUGUGAGGGACAAUUAUAAGUUCAAGGAGACGGUACACAUCCCAGGGGCCCGCUGUCUGUACCUUCGUUUUGAUUCUCGCUGUUCCUCACAGUAUGACUAUGACAAGUUGGUUCUCUAUGCUGGUCCCAACACCAACAGUCGUAAAGUAACAGAGUAUGGAGGGAACACUCUGGGAUAUGGCAGUCGCAGUGUCUUAGGGACAGGAUGGCCCAAAGACCUUGUCAAGGUUGAAGGAGACACAGUGACGUUUUCCUUUGAGAUGAGGAGUGGACGUGAACACAACACCCCCGAUAAAGCCAUGUGGGGGUUCUCCUGCACUGUCAGAGCUCAGGAGUCAUCCGAGGAUGUCUCUGGAGGCCUCCCCUUCUUGGCAGAUCUUGCCCUGGGUCUGUCAGUGCUGGCUUGCUCAAUGCUCCGCAUUCUCUAUAACGGGCCAGAGGUGACAAGAGAGGAGGAAGCCUGCCAGGAUUUGCUCUGCUCAAAGCUGCUGCAAAGGUGUCAGUGGCAGGUGGAGGCGAAUGGUGCAAUCUCUCCUGCUCUCACGCCCAGCCCUUCCCCUCUGCCACUCACUAUUGAGGAGGAUCGGGAGUUCACUUACCCCUCUGAUGUGCUCAUCCCACCCCCAGGCCUCAUGCCAGGGACUUACUUUGACUUACCUCGUAUCCGCCUCCCUCCAGGCAUCAUGGGUAGGCUACGAGAGGUGUCUGGAAGGGCUCGACCACAAUUCCGUCCCAGCAUCAAGGAGGUGAUCAGGCCAGAUGUUAUGGAGGAGGUUAUAAUAUCCUGUGUCAUAAAACACCUCAGCCUGGUGGAUGCCCUUCAGUCACUUGUCAACUACCAGUACCGUGAGGACCACGCCGAGGAGUACGACCUUGUCUGUAAGAUCAUGGCUGAGACCUUCAAGAAGAUCAAUGCUAUGGAGCGUCAGCUGCAGAGUGUUGGAGAAUUGGAACAGAAGUGGCAGAAUGAGGUAGAGGAGGCCCAGCAGGGAAAGCUGGAGAACAACACUCCUUUCUUUCACGACUACCACUUCUUUGAGAACAAAAUUAAGGAGCUGGAACUACUUUGCUCCCUGAAGGAGGUUGCACUAGAUUUUAGUGAUCUGGAAAAUGUUGUCCUUGGCUUGAGGGAGAAGUUCUUUCAAGAGGUGAACGUCAUGCAUCUCAGAAGUAGCACUUCACUGGCCAAAACUAAGGCACUCGUGAAGAGUCUGAUGAACCGGACUGAGCUGCUGCUCCAUGUAACCAUUGCUCCACAUUGCAGAAGCCUCACCACCACACCUGCUGGCACACCAGGUCCAGCCUCUAAAUCUGUAUCAGACGCCAAGACGGUGAUCCCCAUGGUGAAGCAGCCGGUCUUCCUACGCAGCAUGUCAGCACCCUCCGAUUUGGAGAUGAUUGCUAACCAGGACUUAGAGUUUACACACGCACCUCAAAGACGGCGACACCACCCUACUAGUCAUCGCAGCAGCUCAUUUACCCUGCUGCAGUCUCUGGCCAACGAGGACAGCCGUGACAAACCAACAUACAGUGUUCUGCUGGGGCAGCUCUUCGCCUUUAUCGGAACUACUCCUGAUCAAGCUGUGUCGAGCAGCAGUUUUCUGUCUGCUGCGCAGACGCGAUGGAGACGCGGUACUACACGGAAGCAGGCGCUUGUUCAUAUGAGGGAGUUGCUCACUGCUGCUGUCAGAGUUGGUGGCGUCACCCACCUGGUGGGGCCUGUGACUAUGGUACUGCAAGGUGGCCCACGGAUUGAGGAGCUGACCUGCGGUGGAAUGGUAGAGCAGGUGCAGGAGGCCUUUGGGGAGACCAUGACAUCUGUAGUGUCACUAUGUGCUCGCUACCCCAUUGCUUGUGCCAACAGUAUUGGCUUGCUUUGCACAAUCCCCUACACCAGGAGUGAAGAGCAGUGCCUGGUUCGGAGUGGUCUGGUCCAGCUCAUGGACAGCCUAUGUAGUUUAAGUGGUCAGAGGGAAUGCAGCUCGAAUGAGAAGCAGACCAAAAAGCAGAAGGUGGCAACCAUGGCUUGGGCUGCUUUCCAGGUUCUGGCUAACCGCUGCAUUGAGUGGGAGAAGGUGGAAGGCGGGUCUACAGAUGCAGUGCACUCUGGUCUGGCACGGCAGGUGUCCAGCCUGCUAACAAAUCACCUGGCCAGAGCAACAGAGUGUUGUGGUAAUCAGGCAGCUGGCAAUGAUGCCUUACAGGAUGUGCUCAGUCUGCUCAAUGACCUUUCCAGGAGCCACAUAGGGAAAGCUAUCCUGAGCCAACCGGCUUGUGUUUCUAAGCUCUUGUCUCUGCUGCUGGAUCAGAGACCUUCACCAAAGCUGGUGCUUAUCAUCCUGCAGCUAUGCCGAGCUGCUCUGCCUCUCAUGAGUGUGGAGGACUGUGGUAAUGUGGCCCUGCCAUCGUGGAGCUACUCAAUUAACACGCUAGAUGCUGAGCAACAAGAUGCGAGUGACCCUGCCUCACGCAUUGCUGCCUUGCUUCUAGCCAAGCUGGCAGACUAUGUCGUACCAGGCUGUCAGACCCUCCUCUCCCCCAGCUCUUCUGAGCCAGACACUAGUUUGUCCCGUGCCAGUUCCAAAGGAGCGCUGAAGUCUGAGGAUGCUGGGGAGGAGGGCGAGGCGGUUGAUGGCAAGCUAUCAAUCUUUAUCCACAAGAGAGAGGACCAGUCAUCGCAUGAGGUCCUACAACCGCUUCUCAGCAGCUCAGAGGGACGCCCCUUUCGGCUUGGCACUGGAGCGAACAUGGAAAAGGUGGUAAAGAUGGACAGAGACAUGACAAAGAGUGGCAGCUGUGAAGUGAUCACAGAAGAGGCCGCUGCUGCCCUGAGGAAGGCCAACAAGUGGGCUCAGUCGGGUCUGAUAGUGAGUGUUGGUCCACCUGUAGAGACUCUAGUCCAGGAGACCACUGGAGGCGUCACCACUGGUGACAAGAAGAAAACUGCUCAGACUGCUGUGUGUAGGGACAGGAAUGCUGAACUGGCCAGGUCGGACCCUGUCAGGCCAUUCAUUAGUGGUCAUGUGGCCAACAGUAUGGCUGCUGAGGUUAUUGCUCUGCUGCAUAGCCUGCUCACUGCCCCGGAGUCCAACACCGCUCAGAUCUGGACUAGCACUGCUGAAAAGGUUCUCUCCAGGGCUCUGAUGUUUAUCCCUCAGCUGGGGAAGUAUGCUGAGAGUAUUCUGGAGAAUGGGAGCAGCAGUGGCAGGAAACUGGCUAAGCUGCAGGCAAUUGGCAGACAAGCUGUUGCUGCACUUUGUGCCCUUGGAGGCUUUAAAGAAACUAUUAAGAUCGGCUCUGAAGUCCAGGUUGUAGGUAAAGGAGUGCUGGGCAGUGUGGGCAUAGUUAUGUCCAUCAAUGAACAGGAGGGCAUUGCUACUGUGAAGUUCCCUUCUUGCGAGUAUAGGAGAGCUUGUCAAGCCUCAGACAUCCUCACAGUCCCUAUUUCACGCCUCUGCACACCCAGAUCGGAGGCUCUUCCCCUCUAUAAGCUCUCAAUUACAGAAAAGGUGGUACAGGCAGUGCAGUCCAUGCUGCUGCCACAAGAGGGCAGUCUCUCCAUUCACACUUCUCUGCCAGCUACAGGAGAUGGCUCCAGCCCGGUAAUGGCUGCAGUUCGCUUGUUGGCUGAAAUCAGAACCAGGGCAUGUCUGGUGAUGGCGCAGCUCCUGGAGGAUAGCUCCUUCUGUGAGGAAUUCAUCCAGCAGUGUCCUGCUGCUGUCGAAGUUCUCAACCUUGUUGCCCAGGAAUGUAGCCCCGGGGAGCGUCUCGGCAUGGUCGAGGCUCAAUGUGAAAGAGUCAGAAUGCUGUACCGGGACUGUGCUCGGCCUCCUCCUCCACCACUGCAGACGGACAGACGCCAGCCCAAGGAGAUCACUUGGUGUCCAUCCAGAGUGUUCCCUCCAGUCCGUGCCUGCAUGUUCUCAUCCCGUCUGACCUCUGUCACCUUCUUGGCUGAUCCAAGUGCUGGAGGAGGCCUGCCCAGAGGCACCUUCAUCUAUGCCACCUGUCCUGUGCCAAUUCAGGCCCCAUCUUUUUACUGGGAGAUAGAAAUUGUCUCCUAUGGAGACUCUGAGGAGGACAGUGGCCCGAUUGUGUCCUUUGGUUUUGCCACUGAGGCAGAGAAGAGGGACGGAGCAUGGACCAACCCUGUCGGCACAUGUCUGUUUCACAAUAAUGGUAGGGCAGUGCAUUAUAACGGCUCCAGUCUGCUGCAGUGGAAGAGUGUCAGGCUGGAUGUGGCUCUACUUCCUGGCGAUGUGGCUGGAAUAGGGUGGGAGCGUUCUGAGGGCACUCCUCCCCCACCUGGUCAGGCCCCUAAAGGCAGGGUCUACUUUACCUACUGUGGCCAGCGGCUCUGCCCCAUCCUUGAGGAUGUAGCUGGUGGAAUGUGGCCCCUGGUACACAUUCAGAAAAAGAACUCAAAGAUCCGCGCCAACUUUGGAAGCAGGCCGUUUGCAUACGCAGAAGGCCAAGCACACAGAAAUGCGGCUGACUUGUGUGUAGACCUUGCAGAGGAAAUAAGUGCAAAUUUUGAGGCACUCCCCUUUGCUAUGGCCUCAGACAGUGAUAAUGAUGCAGGUGCAAGUGUUACCUCGGACUCUGGUUCUCAUGGACCCCCUUGUCGGAUUGCAGCCGUGGCAGUUUCCCAGCAACAGUACAACAGCGACCUGUCGUGCCAUUACAAAGUUGAGCUGAGCUUUGAGAACCUGGUCACCUCUGGUCCUGAGCCUCAUCCUCCUCCUAUAGCAGAUGAUGAGAGUGAUGACGAGGAUGACGAUGAUGUCCCAAGAGAGGACCACUAUGCCUUGCUGGUAAAGGCCUGGGAGACCAAAGUAUUCCCUACAAUUCGUAGGCGGUUUCGUAACGAGGCUGAAAGAAAAUCUGGCCUGGACCAAAUCAAAGGAGCUCUGCAGCUAGGCAUGGUUGACAUAGCAAGACAGACAGUGGAGUUCCUUUAUGAAGAGAAUGGCGGCAUUCCUCGUGACCUCUACCUCCCUACCAUUGAGGAUAUCAAGGAUGAGGCCAACAAGUUCACGAUUGACAAAGUUCGCAAAGGCUUGACUGUGGUCAUCCGCUCUCCGGACAGUAACAAUACCAACAGCACUACAGGAGGGACAGCCCUGCCCAAGUUUGCCAUUCGGGGCAUGCUGAAGACUUUUGGUUUGCAUGGAGUAGUGCUUGAUGUGGACUCUGUGAAUGAUCUAGUACAGGUGGAGACCUACCUGCGCAGUGAGGGGGUGCUAGUGAGGUAUUGGUACCCUAUUGAGAUGCUGGAGCGCCCGCCUGCUGGAUCUCGACGGACUGCGGCUAAUGGCUUAGUCUCCUUAGACAGUAGCAACAUUCAGAUUCAUAGGGAACUGCUUCGCUGUGAGAGCGCGCUGGCUCGGCUAUACUGCCGUAUGGCCUUGCUCAACAUCUUUGCCCCAAAGAGUCCCCACACCUUCACUCGUCUCUUCCACAUACCUGCUAUACGUGACAUCACCUUAGAACACCUGCAGCUGCUGUCCAAUCAGCUGCUGGCUCCACCCCUCCCUGUUGUUCUUCUUGUAGAUGGCACUAUUAGUUCUAGUUCUAUCCUACUGGCCCAGUCGAUGCUUCACAACCUCCAGGGCCAAAGCUGCUCUCCCUCAGAGCUAUUCUACCAGGGCAAUGCUCAGCCCAUCCGGGAGUGGCUGACAGUGGCCAUCACCCGUGCCUUGCAUCAAGGAGAGGAAAGCCUGCUGGAGCUCACUAAGCAAAUCUGCUGCUUCCUACAGAAUUCACCAGAGCAGUUUACAUCUGAGGAGUUUCCUGUGACUGAGUCGAAGGUAAGCAUGGAUGUCAGCUUCCCAGGUGCUGCAUUUGUGAUCGUAUCGUGCAAGGAGAGCCAGCUAGGCUGCCGCAAAGACUCCAGCCUGUACAAGGCCCCAUGGGCUCGAGUCAUGGUGUAUGGCCUAGGUCACAAAGUGCGUAGAAAUGGCCAGCUAAAUCUGAUGGAGGCGGUGUGCUAUCCUCUAGAUGCCUCACCUACCAACACAGGCCUUACUCCCCCUCCCACCACCAACCAAUACCCCUCUGUUAUCAUACCCACUGAUAAAGUGCACAUCAAACUGGGGGUGUCACCUCCUCCGGGUGCUGUGUUGGUGUUGCACUCCUUGCCACUGGAGUUUCCUCUGGCCAUGGCAUUUGCUGAACAGCUGUUGACUUGGAAGCUGGGUGAUGGCAAUGAGCAAUCAGAGGACGAGCUGGACACUGUGCCCUCUUCUGUGCUGCUGCAGGUGUUAGAACUUCUAGGUGGUUUGCUUUGGACUACUGAUCUUGCUCCCUCCAUAAAAGAACUCCUCUUUCACUUGUUGGCUGAGCUUUUACGGAAGAUCCACCACUUGGAGCAGCGCAAGAGCCCCGCUGGUCUGUCCAGCUCCAUUGCUUUGCUGCUUAACCCCUGCCUCGCAGUGCUCAUGGCCCUGCAGACAGAACUCCGAAAGCUCUACGACAGGGAGACGCAGGGAUGGACUGCUGGAGGGGCUGGAGCAGGGGGGUCUUCGUCAGGAGGUGUUGCGUUGGCUCUCGGGGCGGAGCAGAGCCGGUUUUCCACCUAUUUCCACGCUCUGAUGGAGGUGUGUCUGGCUGUGGCAGAGGUGACACUUCCCCUAAAUGUUGGUGGAUCUUCAGUGGGAGCCCUGUCCUCCACCAGUGCCCCCAACCUUAGUGACUCUUCUUCAUCCUCAUCAUCGUCCCCAGGCCAAACGCCGCAGAGCCCCAGUCUUCUAUCCAAACGUAAGAAGGUGAAGAUGAAGCGUGAGAGAGCAGCGGCUGCAGUGGCGGUAGCAGUCUCUGGGAAAAGGGGAAGUAGAGGUCCACGGUUGUCAGAGAGUGACAGUGCCCUGCUGAACAUGGCGGGUAGUAAACCUGAGGACAUGCUGUGGUUUCACCGCUGCCUCACUCUCCUGAUGAUUCUUCGACAUCUUGCUAAUAAAGACCCACAGGGCUUAAGUGUGACCAGUGACGCAGUGACAGAUGCCUGCCAAGCCCUGGUGGGCCCCACUGCCCACAGUCGCCUGCUAGUGCUCUCAGGUAUCCCCACACACCUGGAGGAGGCCGUGGUUCGAAAUGCUAUCCGCAGGGCUUGCAACGCACAUGGAGGGCUCUUCAAAGAUGAAGUCUUCAUUCCUUUGCAGGAGGAGGACCCCAAGAAGCCCAAAGCUGGAGCUGAGGUUUCUAGUCCUCACGAUGGCAAAGCGGGACCUGAACCUGAGCGACCCUUCCCCAACAACGGAGGUCCUGAAAGUCCUGACAGCUCGAGCAGUGUGACUCCAGCUAUGAGUGUCAGUGCUUCAGCUUCUACCAGCCAGACUUCGAUCUGCAGCUCCUCUCAGGGAGUGUCCCGCACUGCCAGUGAACUUUCUGUCGAUCAGGAGCUGUUGGCUGUUCCAGGUCUCACUCCUGCUGCUGCAGCUUCAGCUGUUACAUACCCCCAGCAGGGACCCCAAGACCCCCAGACUGUCUCUAGUCAGGAGAGUCUAGACACCUCGUUGUGUAGUACAGGAAGCCUGGGGAGUCUGGGCAGCUUGGGGGAGCCACUCGACAGCGCAGAAACACCGUCCAUGUCAGAUGGGGGCUCUAUGCAUACGGUCACCUCACUUGAGAGCAAUGCAGUCAUGGCUAGGCCCAUCAAGGGUUAUGCUGUCAUUGAGGUUCGUUCUCGGGCAAAAGUGGAAAAAAUCCGUGCCAGUCUUUUCAACAGCAGUGACCUGAUUGGCUUGUCCAGUCUUGAAGGUGAAGAGGAACUAAUGGAGAUGACCAAUGAAGAGAUCCUCACAGCCUCCAGUGUUAACCAAAGCCUGUUUGACACACAGGGAAGCUCUGCCCUUGAAGACUACUUCCUGGACAAGUCAGUCAGAGGUGACAAGCUUGUACCCGGAGCACGAGAUGUCCUGACGGAUGUGUUUAAGAGCUGCGUGCACUCAGAGCAGAUGCUCAGCCUCACUCCGGCCAAGCCAGUGAAAGUGUCUGACAUUUACCUCAGCAAGGAACAGAUCAAUGCUCAGACCCCUGGCAACCUACUGCAUACUUUCUUCACCAACGUUAGACAUCCAAAGAAAGUACUUGAGGACCAGCUUACUCAGAUUCUUAGAAAGUACGGCACUCCCAAGCCCAAUAAGAACAAAUACAGCAAAGCAGGAAAAGAACAGCACCAAGGCAAGGUAGUGAGCACCAAAAGGCCCAUCACCAAGCCUCCCACCAGGGAAAAGUCUGUGCUUCACAGUGUCAGGACUGCUCUGAGUGAAAAGAAGACCGUCCUAAAGCCAAAAUCUCCGGAAAAAUCAAGAGCUGAUGAGAAGGAAGUGGAAAAAUCUCCUGCUAAGAAAGCUGAAGUUCUUGAGGAGAAGUACCUGACACUGGAAGGCUUCCAUAAAUUUGCUGUUGACCGUGCCAAGCAGGACAUCCGCAGUGUCUGGAGGGCGAUUUUGGCUUGUGGUUAUGACCUCCACUUUGAAAGGUGCACCUGUAUAGACACUCGUCACGCCCAGAAGGCCUGCAGAAAGUGGAACUUGGAAAUGGACGUGGCAUUGGUCCAGUACAUCAACAGGCUCUGCCGUCACCUGGCCAUCACACCAGCCAGACUACACCCCCAUGAAGUUUACCUGGACCCUGGUGAUGCUGCUGAUCCUCGUGUGGCCAGCCUGCUCAAUGUACCCAUGGAGAGCCUGCGCUUGCGCUUUGCUCUUCUGCAGUCCCUCAACAACAGCUUGGAGAGUUUCUUCCUGCCGCUAGUGGAGCUGAGACAGACACUUACCUAUCAAAACAGCAUUGCAGUGCUGUUAUGUGAGGCCAAAGGUCUAAUCUUCUACGACACUAAGGUCACUGUAAUGAACAGAGUACUGAAUGCUACAGUACAGCGUACAGCCGACCAUGCUGCCCCAGAGAUUACACUGGACCCUCUGGAGAUUGUGGGAGGUGAGAUCAGAUCAUCGGAGAACACAUAUUUAUGCCAGGCAGCACGCCAGCUUUCUUGCGUGCCGUCGUCCCAGCUUUGUGUGAAACUGGCCAGUGGAGGAGACCCGACCUAUGCCUUUAAUAUCCGCUUCACUGGAGAGGAAGUUCAUGGCACAAGUGGCUCCUUCAGACAUUUCUUGUGGCAGGUGUGUAAGGAGUUACAGAGUUCUGCUCUUUCUCUGCUGCUCCUCUGCCCCAGUGCUGCAGCCAACCGUAACAAGGGGAAGUACAUUCUGACGCCUUGCCCUAUCAGCUAUGCAGAAGAACAGUUGUUGCACUUCUUUGGUCAGCUUCUUGGCAUCGCCAUCCGUGCUGAUGUGCCACUUCCUUUGGACCUCCUGGGCUCCUUUUGGAAAGGUCUGGUGGGCGAGUGCCUCGACCCGGAGCAGGACCUGCAGGAAGCUGAUGUGCUGACCUACAACUACAUCAAGAAGUUUGAAAAUACGAGUGAUGAGACGGAGCUGGAGGCCCUGUGUGCUGAGAUCUCCUCCCUACACCAUUCGGGAGAAAGCCCUGACUCUCCCAGCCGGCCCUGCUGCACAUUCACCUAUGUCACUAUGAUGGGUGAUGAGGUGGAGCUUUGUCAGGGUGGUCGUAGCCUCACCGUCAGCUGGGAGAAUAAGGAUAUGUAUGCGCGGGCCGUGCGGAGUCUUCGUCUGAGGGAGCUGCAGAACAAAGAGUGUAUGACGGCGGUACGUGCAGGGCUCGCUUCAAUCAUUCCCCUGCAGCUGCUCACCGUGCUCAGCCCCCUGGAGAUGGAGCUGCGCACCUGCGGCUUGCCUUACAUCAACCUGGAGUUCCUCAAGGCUCACACCAUGUAUCAGGUGGGUCUGAUGGAGACCGACCAGCACAUCGAGUUCUUCUGGAUCGCCUUGGAGAUGUUCACUCAAGAAGAGCUCUGCAAGUUCAUUAAAUUUGCCUGCAACCAGGAGCGAAUACCAUUCACCUGCCCCUGCAAGGAUGGGGGGCCGGACACCGCCCAUGUUCCCCCUUACCCCAUGAAGAUCGCCCCUCCUGAUGGAGCUGCAGGUCAGCCAGACUCGCGCUACAUUCGCGUGGAGACCUGUAUGUUCAUGGUGAAACUGCCCCAGUACACAUCUUUGGAUGUGAUGCUGGAGAAACUGCGAUACGCCAUCCACUACCGCGAGGACCCUCUGAGCGGUUAGGAAGACUUGACAACCCCAUGUUCCCAAGCGUAUACAGCUCUUUUACGCUCUGCUGCUUCAACAAAAUCACACAUUUGAUUUCAUUUUAUUUUGGGUGGCUAUUAACGUUUUGCAUGUAUAUCCCUGCUUUUUUUUUGUUGCAGUUUAAACAAAUAUUACAUUUCAUGAUAUGUUUGACGCAUUUUUGUGAAGAAUUCAGGGAAGAUAAUCUGACACUGUUAACACGUGUCUGUUCUGGUUGCACUGAGUUUGAGGGUGGCAUUGGAGUGAAACAACUGUGACACACUUUUUUUGUUUGCCUUUCCCUUCCCCUACCUUUAACAGAGGGUUUAACAAGUUUCAGUCAAGUUCUGUGAAUUUAACAACUAAAUAGGAUGAUUUCAGAUCAGCACUUUACAGUUGCAAAUUUAAUUCAAGAUUGCUGAAUCCUCUUUCUGAUAACAUUUUAGUAUUGAAAGCCCGGUUUCAGCAAAACUACGAAUUGUGGAACUUUGCAUUGCUGUGAAGGCAACAAACAAACAAACAAACUGUAUCUCUCCUAAUGCUUAACCUUGCUGCCUCCCUCUGUCUCCCCUCUGUGGGGGCCUUCGCUGUAGGAGCCUCUCUCCAGAGGGUGAUGCUGGAUGUGUGUGAAGAGAAACCCAUGAUUUCCAUAGAAUUAUCUGACGUUUGAGAGGCAGGUACGACUACUACCAGAAAAAAGGAAAUGUAAGAUGAGCAGGCACAAGAUGUAAACAAGUGCUGUACAGGAUAUUAUGUAGUUUACUGCCUGUUUAAUAUGAACUUCUAAUGGACAAACUAACGUAUGCCUAUAUAAACUGAAUACAUUUUAUCCAAGUCUCUGCAGAGAGGGUAUUUAAGUCGUGUAAAAAGUCAUAUUAAUCUAUUGGUUCAUGAAAUUGCUCUUUGAUUUUUGGAGUAGCUGUGUAGGCAUGUUAGGUCAGGUAGAUUGGACGAUAGGAGAGGCCGGCUGGCUCUGAUAUGCUUGCGUUUCAGGGUUAUGAAAUCCUGUGUGGCUUUGUGAAAAUGGGAAGAGACCUUUUCAAGAGCUGCCCUCCUACAUGGUUUGUGUGCUACUGCUACUGAAUGUGCAACAAACCCCCCUCGCACCCCAACAUACACAAUCUACACGCAUAGGGGAGGGGCGGCGGAUUAUCCUGAGUUCUGCCUUUUCAUAAUUUUCUUUAUUGAAAGAAGAACAGGGUCUUGCUGGUUUUCUUUGUUUGUUCAUUUGAACCAUAACCAAAUAUUUAGCUGUGUAAAAUGUAAUCGAGAGGCGGGGGAGGGGGAGGGGGUGUAAAUAGACUGACGUUAUGUUUGUUUUUAUUAAUUGCUAAUUCACUUCACCUUUAUAAUUUUUGGUUUUGGUUUGCACUACUCUUCCAAGAAAAUAUUUGAAAAUGAGCAAACUAGGCAAUGUCUGUUGGAUAUCCAGUUUGUUGUGUUGUUAUUUUUUAUGAAUUUUGGAAAUACCAGUAAUCGUAUCACCUUUUUGUCUUGUACUCAGAUGGAUUCAAUUUCUUCUACUCAUGGUGAAACACGUGUUCUUGUAUGAGUAAAAUCACCAUUUUACUUGGAUAGAACUGAAAAACAUUUGACGCAUAUUGGAUUGUCGAAUUGCUUGCAAGUUUUUGUUUUGGUUCAGUUCUUUUGAAGGGUGACAUACCGCUGCUAACAGGGACGCUCUCUCAUCUACUUCCUCCUCCUCCGGGGGUAGAUAAGGUUAUAAAAAGGACAUGUCCAUACAAAGAGGUGUUGCGAUAAAAUGUGUGCUGUACAUUUACUUGAUAUUUAUUACAAUUAUUUAUGGUUGCAUUAACUUAACUUUUACUGUCUUACCUCUGCUCAUCAGAAACUUAACAUAUCUAAAAUGGAUUAUACAGAUGUAAAGAAUCAGAUGGCAUUUGAGAUUUCUGUGUCACAAUAAAGAAAUGUCUUCAUCUACAAAUUCAA